AUGUCGAGAGCUAAGAGAAUUAUGAAGGAGAUGCAAGCUGUUAAGGAUGAUCCCGCGGCUAAAAUUAAUCUAGAAUUUGUCACUGAAUCAGAUAUUCAUCAUUUAAAAGGUUCCUUUUUAGGUCCACCAGGGACUCCUUACGAUGGAGGUUUAUUCAUAGUGGAUAUAGAAGUUCCGAUGGAAUACCCCUUCAAGCCGCCGAAGAUGAAAUUCGAUACUAAAGUUUACCACCCAAAUGUUUCAUCUGUUACUGGAGCCAUCUGUCUUGAUAUCUUGAAGAACGCCUGGUCUCCCGUUAUAACAUUGAAAUCGGCAUUAAUAUCGCUACAAGCUCUCUUACAAUCCCCAGAACCCAACGAUCCACAGGAUGCUGAAGUGGCACAACACUACCUACGGGAUAAGGAUUCUUUCAAUAAGACAGCUGCUCUAUGGACUAAAUUAUACGCUUCGGCAAAUGGUAAAGACUCCGAGAAGGACGUAGAUGAGGCAAAAUUGUAUGGGAUCGAUCCCGCAUUGGUAGAACAUUUUGAAGCCCUGGGAUUCGCUAAGCCAAAAAUUGUUGAAGUCUUGAGACGGUUGGGGAUUAAGACCCUUGACUCUACGGACGAUGCAACAGACGACAAGAUUACAGAUGAACUAUUGAGAUCUUCAUGA